AUGGUAUCCCGGAAUUCCACCUCGUCCACAGCCGAUGUGGGACUUGUCAGCUGCAUCCAGCAGACCCUGACCAGUGGAGCCAUGAGUGAUGUGCGCUUCUCUGUCGGGCGUCAAUUUGGCGCUGUGAAGCUCUUCGCAACGCACAAGUAUAUCAUGGGUCUGCGCAGCAGUGUGUUUUAUGCCAUGUUCUACGGAAGUAUGCCCGAAAAUUGUGAAAAUCCUAUCGACAUUCCGGAUUGCAUUCCCGAUGCGUUCGCCAACAUGCUUAGCUGGAUGUACACGGAUAAGGUUGGGGAUCUCAGUGCGGACAAUGUUUUCCCCACUUUGAGCUAUGCUGUAACUAUCCCUUUAGCUACCACUAUCGACGAGGUCUUGUUGCAGGCAAUCCAUUGGCGUGCUGAUAAUAUCGCGGAGAAGUGCUUGAAAUUGAUGGAUGAUUAUACCGAUGAAGUUCUGCGAUCGGACCAGUUCGUUGGCGUUGGUCAGGAUGUGUUGCAGGCCAUAUUGCAGCGCAACACGCUGACGGCUACGGAGCACGACAUCUACUUGGCUGUGGAAAAAUGGGUCACGGAAGCCUGUAAGCGAAACAACAGACCGGAGUCAGCUGACCACCGGCGUCAGGUGUUGGGCGCUGCGCUCUUUCUGAUUCGCUUUCUGCUCCUGACUAGCGCUCAGCUGGCAGACGGUCCGGCGAAGAGUGGACUGUUAUGCGACGCGGAACUACUGAGCAUCUUUCUACACCAGCAUGCUGCUGUGAAGCCGCCGCUCCCCUUCCCCACGGAGUUCCGCUGCGAUGUGCUGGCCCGUGCCGGUUUCAAGCGCGGAGAUGCUGUGUACGCGGAGCGCACGGGGGGACGGUGCUGGACGGCAGCCCACAUUACAGGCUGGCGUGAUUCCCAAGUGGUUAUCAAGUGGAGCAGUGAUGGUCAAGAGGGCAGCGCCAUGCCCGACAAGAUCGUUCACGCUGGACAGGUCUACGAUAGCCAUACAGGCCGGUUCAAGGAUUCUCUGACUCAGAACGGCCAGCGCUACACGAAGGAACGUGAUCUCCCACUGGACCAUGAACGUUUCGUUACAUACAAAGCGGCCCUGAUCAUUCGCAUGCUUUUGUGA